GAGCGGAAGACAAACAUAACAUUAAACAACACUGUUAAACAUGUGAAGGCUGCAUGUGGGCUGAAACUAAUAAUUUCAUAACAUUAAUAGUUCACUGUAUAGUAUGAAUAGGUUGGCAUGCAUGGGAAGAAAGUAUAUUAUGGGUAUUUUAAGCUGACGGAUGCUUGUGAAAAAUCACCAGUCAGUAACUGUUAUUAGUUUUAUAGAAACAUGUGGAUAGUGUUAUGGAUGCAGUUAAUGAAUGCUUGAGAACUUUUCCUAAAGAAGUUCGGGAGCUUUAUCUUAAUGAUGCAGUGCCAUACCUGGAUGGGCCCCUCUCUCCACUUCAGUUUUAUCGUGACUGGAUUGGUCCCAACAAGCCCUGCAUCAUUCGCAAUGCCUUCAGUGAUUGGCCAGCUUUGUCUAAAUGGAACGCCGCAUAUCUCAGAGAGAAAGUGGGCCCCAAAGUUAUCAGUGUGGCUGUCACUCCAAACGGAUAUGCAGAUGCCGUGAACGGGGAUCGCUUUGUGAUGCCAGAGGAGCGUCAGAUGACCUUUAGCUCUCUGCUGGAUAUCAUUGAGGGGAAGGUGAAGAGCAGUGGUGUGUUUUACGUUCAGAAGCAAUGCUCAAAUCUGACUGAGGAGUUACCGGAGCUGACGGGAGACGUACAGACUCACAUCCCCUGGAUGAGUGAAGCUCUUGGAAAACAGCCUGAUGCUGUAAAUUUCUGGCUUGGGGAGGAAAGCGCUGUCACAUCGAUGCAUAAAGAUCAUUAUGAGAACCUGUACUGUGUGAUCUCUGGACAGAAAGAGUUUAUUUUGCUUCCGCCGACUGAUAGACCUUGCAUACCAUAUGAGCUCUACCAGCCAGCGACAUACAGACAGAAAGAAGAUGGCAACUUUGAAAUAGUGGAUGAGGAAGAUUCAACCAAAGUGCCCUGGAUCCCUCUAGACCCCCUGAACCCAGAUUAUGAGCGCUAUCCCUCCUAUAGGCUGGCUAAACCUCUGCUCUGCACUGUGAAAGCUGGAGAGAUGUUGUACCUGCCCUCCCUGUGGUUCCACCACGUUAGACAGUCUCAUGGCUGCAUAGCGGUGAAUUUCUGGUAUGACAUGGAAUAUGAUAUCAAGUACAAUUACUUCCAGCUUGUGGAGUCCUUGACAAACGCUGUUGGAUUACUGUGAGACUGUUCAAAGGUGAAAAUUUGGAUGAUAUAAUCGAUUAUCAACAACUGCUGGCUUUACAUGUGGAGAUAUGCAUGGACAUUUUUCAUGAUAAAUAUUGCAAUAAACAAUGCAGUUUAACAUGUAAUAAAUACAGUUUUAUUUGU